UGACAACAGCACAGGAAAGGUGGUUGAACACGUUUCCCUUCCUCUGACAGUCCCCAUUCCGUGGCUAAGAUGGCCGACCCCACAUCAGCCGUCAGCUGCGGGCAGGCGCCUCCCUCUGUCUGCAUGGGUCUGUACACAGCCCAGGUGGACGCCUUGAGUCACUUCCGACAGCCGGUGGCUCUGCAGCACAUCGGGUGGCUCGCCACUCAUACGUCGGCUGGGUCGGCGCGUGCCAACGAUGUCCCACGGGCGACGGCGGGGCGGGGAGGGCGAGAUGGGAGCAUUGGUGGGCCUGGUGACGGAGGUUGCUACGGAUUCUGCACUGACGCCUAUGAGAACGAAUUCGCCGGUGAAUGAGGGGGAGGGAGGGUGUGCAGACAGACAGACACGCAGGCAGGGAUGGGGCGGGGCGGGGCGGGCAUGUGUGUGUCUUGAGUGGAGUGUGUCUGCGCUGAUGGGAUGCAUUGGAUGUGGUGCACUGCAGGUGACGAGUGUCUGCGUCACUUGCUGACGAGCCUGGACGACCCCCACGUCCCUCUGGAGUGCCUCCACGGCCUACACAACGACUUCGCACAGCUCUGCGUGUGGGUCUUCUCAGGUACCUGAGUGUGGUGUGCCUUGCUCACCUUCACCUUCACCAGCACACACACACACACACACCUUGUCCUUCUCUAUCUCUGUGUGUCGUUGUUGUCAGUGUGCAAGGACCGUGAGAUGCGCUCGAAGCACUUCCCCUACUACAUCCUCCUGGACGCAGUGGACAUCCUGCGGCGCUACCUCGCCGUCGCCAUCGCAAACGCCGCUGCUGCUGCUGCUGCAUCAUGCCCCUGUCCAUCAGGGUGGCCAGGCGGCGAGACCACCUGGCCCUGGUCGGCAUAUCAGUUCGUCACGGCCUGCCUGGCGGCCGUCCUUCUCGCUUCCGACAUGGUAUGCAUCACGUCACGCAGGCAGACAGAUCAAUGCACCACACACACUCGAGAAUUGGGUGCGUGUGUGUUCCAUUCAGAAUGAGUCCCUUGACCAUGAGGUCGACUACCAGUUCAUGCGUCGGACAGAGGAGUUUGUGCGGCUGACCGUCAUGCAGCGGCCGGAGCUGUCCAUCUGGGCGGUGGACCGGCAGCUGCUGCACGAUGUGACGCAGCACAAGGUCAUGAUUCUGAGGGCGCUCCGGUUCCGGCUGUCGCGGCCCCACGUGCGGCACUGGAUAGAGUUUCUCGUCACGAGAACAGCUGUGCUCUACAACCACUGCCUGCCACCACUGUGAGCGAAUAGACAGAACACACAGAGCUGGUCAAGUCAAAUCGGUCCAGCGAUAGGCAUCCAUCAUCGACGUGUGUGACGUCCGUGUGGCAUUCAUUCAGGAGUGCCGAAGUGUGGCGGUCGGUCUACUUCGAGGCCGAGAGGCUGUCGGCCGAGCCGUGUAAUCUCGUGGCCUACACGUUCUGCCAGGCGCCUCCCUGCAGCAGCAGCAGCUGCACCACACCCCUUGCCCCGUUCCCGCCCUCCCCCCCCGUCUCACCCUCCUCCCACACAACCAUCGAAACCGACGACCGCACCAUGGCCAGCGCGCACCAUCCAUCCAGCGCCCCCUCCUCGGCUGCACAUGGCGACAUCAAUCAGCACCGCUCCACACCGACUUACCAUCCCGGCGACCCCCAUCAUCUGUCUCGCGCGACGUCAGGUGACAGCUGCACCCCUUCACCCCCACUGGCCCCCCACGGCUACGAUAAGCGAGGGGGCGAUGCGGCAGCGGGUUGGUCGCUGGACUUGUCUGUGCCGUUUGGGAUGGGCGAGGCCAACGUGCGGUGCGAGGGAGUGGGGUUGGGGGUGGGGAGGGGACGGGGUAGAGGGGUCAACCAGAUGGAGAGGGCGGCCUUUUUCGUGACGCUGGCUACCAGGAACGUGGUGGGUGCGUACUCGCUGGGACAUAUGGUUGGCGCGAAUGUGCUGGUGGUGCUGGAGGGGGUGCUCAGACAAAUUGCCAACUCGACCUACUGACUGACUGACUGCCCAGGUGAGGUGGGUCUUUCUGUAUUGCAUUGCGUUGCGUUGCGUUGCAUUGCAUGCGUGUGUGUACAGCUGGCUGUCUUGUCUGC